UCAAUAUCCACAGCUAACUAUUAAUGGUUACUUGCUUUCUCUUAGAGAGUUUAAUAGAGUUUAAUGUAACACUCGCAUGCCUAGCUAUGCUCUAAGCAUUUGUUUUCUUUUUCACAAUAUCAUUUGCAGUUAUUUAUUAAAUCAACUUUGUUUCUAGAUUUCACUUCCUAAUUAUUCACUUCUUUCAUACCAACUUAUGAGAAUGCUAAAUAUAUUUUUCAUGUCUAAUCUAUUAAACAUAAAUUUUGCUUAUAACUUAAAUUCAAUGGUAUCCAUGUUAGGUUUGAUGUCACCAACAUAUUCUCCCAAUUUCUCCUAAAAGCAUAAUAUAUUGCGCUUGAUAUCAUAGUUUUGUUAGGUAAAGUUCAACAAACUCAAUCAAUAUUCGAACUCUUCGAAAUAGCUAUCUACAUGCGAAUAUGAAGUACUGGGUAGCUAAAACUCUACUUGAGUUAGUACAAUCUUUUGCGCUAUCGAUUCAAAAUUCAAUACAUGAUUAUCUUAGUACAAUUUAGUCAUACUAAUUGUGCAGUAGGGGACAUCUUAUCAAAAUCUUAAAGAAAGACUCUUUGAUUGAUCGCUUUAUUGAUGUAAUCAAUUAUACCAAAAUAGAAGUGAUCAAAUUUAUAAGAUGCACUCAAAGUUUGCUAUAAUUAUUGAGGUCAGCGGCAUGUUAGGCAUACGACGGUCAUUGGGCAUUUGUCUAUCUCUUAGCUCGACUAGACAUGCUUAGAAAUUAUAAUAAAAAUAGCAAUUUUAAUAAUAAUGAAUGAAAUAAUGGUUCUGAAGCAAUUUCAUACUUCAGUUCAAAUGAUUUAACAACAAACGAAAUAACUCUCAAGUUUAUAAAUUAUUUUCUUUUACCAAAUGAUAUAAUUCAUUCAUUCAUGAGAUGAAAUAGCUAAUUAUAAGCACUUCAAAUUUAAGUUAAAACUCUAUAUGAUGCAAUUGUUUGACGAAAUGAGUUUUAUAAUAGAGUGGUUAUAUCGAGAGAGGUCUCUAAGAAACAUGGUUUACUUUAUUAUUCCUUAGGUGGAUAUAAUAUCUAUCUUCAUCGUUACUUUUACAUUGGAUUCAAUUUAGUAUACUUUUUCAUUUAGAUAGAUUUGUUUAUGAUGUUCUAGGAUAUAAUAUAUCAUUAAUUAUGUUGGUGUAGGAUAUUACUUCCUCUCGUUUUAGGUUCAAAUUGAUGCAUUUUCCCCUUAACCGUUCCCUUUUAUUGGUUAAUAAUUUUUAUGAUAUUUUUCACUUUGAAAUAUCGUGAGCGGAAUCUAUACACAACAAUUUGUGUUUUUUCGCUUCCUCUUCUCUUGGUUAGAUAUUGUGUCCAUAUUGAUUCCUAUAUUGAUUAUCAAAUUACUACUUUUUUGUUCUUUUUUCUGAUGCAAGAUAUGAUUUUAUGCUUGAUAAUAUAGAUUUAUUUUUCAAGCUUGAGAGUAGGUUGUCAACCCGCGGGUCAACCCCUGGGUCGACCCACUUUGACCCUGACCCGGUGAGAAAAACUGGCUGCACACACCUGCCGAGUCGACCGCUACAAGGUAUCGGGUUAGAGGUCAAAUUGUGUCAUUUUUUCUUUGGUUUGCGAAAUGCGCCUAUUUUCCGAUUUCUUUUCCCCUAACUCAAUCUUUUGAAUCCUAAGUUGAACAUUUGAAUAUUGUUGUUAUAUAAUUGUGUGUGAAUUUUCACUAUAUGUUGGAUCUAAGUACAACAUGUUAUUUUAGUGUAAUAUUAUAUGUUAUAACUCAUAUGUUUGAUGAGAUUUGAUAUAAUUUAUCAGGAGAAGUAUAAUAUAAUGACUCUUUCCAUAUUUUCGGGUUAAACCGGGUGACCCAUUAACCCUUGGCCCACUAGCUUCACCGAGUUCGGGUCAACCCGCGGGUUGACAACCUAAUGAGACUUUUUGUUUGCCUCAUAACUUACAUUUUACAAUGGCUCCAAACUUGGAUGGGUUUCUAUUCAGCACAUAAAUUUUUAAUGAUGUAAAAUUUAUGAAACUAAGAUGCAUAUUAAUAAACAAUGUAAGGUCUCAUUUUCCCUCUUACACACUACAUAUAAUUGUUUACUUACCAUUAAAUCAAAGUCUUUCUAACUUGAGUAAGAGCUACAAUGACUUUUAUUAACUUUCACAACUCAUAUAUCACAAGUGUUCAAAUCAUUAUCAAGUGUUCAUACAAUGACUUUUAUUGUUGUGGAUUUCCCCCAAAAUGUUAGGUAUGCUGCUUUUAGUUUUUGCCUUUUUUUCGCUUUGAUUUAGCUUUUUAUGUGUUGCUCUAUUAGUUGAACUUGCAGCUGGAGAUCUGCAUGCUUUGUUUCAUUAUAUCAUUGAAUACACUAAAGUCAAUGGAACCAUGACUGUGUGAGUUAGUUUGUUUCUUUUUAAGUACACUCUAAACAUAUGGUUUGUUUCAUUAUAUCAUUGAAUACACGAAAGUCAAUGAAAAAGGCAAAAAAAUUUAUCGUAUACUGAAGAUUGAUUAUGUAUGUGUGAUGUAAAACAACUCUUAUCAUCGUUCUUCUUAGACAUUUUUAUAUAGAUAUGACUUUGUUUGAAAUAUGAAUUUAUGUUAGCGUAGUUGGGCGUUGUUUGUCAUUUUUUAAACUUCAUUAGUCAAAUACAUUAAAUACUUUCCUAUAUUAUUCAUGAAGAACUUACCAAAUUAAAUUGUUACUUCAAUCCUCAAUGUUUACUACACAAGUACACAUACACAUGAAAAUCAAACUCUACCGGCCAAAAGGCCGGGCCCUAAUCUAGUGUAUGUAUAUAUAUAUAAUCCAGCUAUGUUCCAGUUCCACGUUUGAGAAGUUACGGGCCUGGCCCAUUCGUCCAUCGAACCACUCUAGGCCAGGAGCCAGGGGAAGUUACAAAAAACCCUGCAAAUACCUCACGUUGCCCAAUACCGAAGAGGGAAACCUUCCCCCCAAAAAUCCCUCGUCAAUGGCGGCGAUGGGUUUCUUCUCCCUCCCCGUCGCCCGCCGAUGAGAUCCGUCUUCUCUCCCCGUCCUCCUCUCAACCCUCUCAUCUUCCCGCUAACCAGACCUCUCAUGGCUUCUUCCGGCACCCAAGUUCUUGACCCACCUCCCACUCCCGACGAUUCACUUUGUUCCAGCAGCCCUCUCCAACACCAAGACGCAGCCCAAACAGAAGAAGAAGACACUUCAACCGCGGCAUUCAGCGUCUCCCCCUCGCCCAACGGUUACCUUACCGGGGAUUCCCGGGCGGAACGAGCAUGGGCGCAUUGGAUCGAGCUUGGUCGCCCCAAGUUCAUCGUUGCUCCGAUGGUGGACAAUUCCGAGCUCCCCUUUCGGAUGCUCUGCAGAAAGUACGGUGCAGAAGCUGCUUACACUCCAAUGCUUCAUUCAAGGAUUUUCACCGAGAAUGAGAAGUACCGUAGCCAAGAGUUCACCACUUGCAAGGAGGAUCGGCCGCUUUUCGUUCAAUUUUGUGCCAAUGAUCCAGACACCCUGCUUGAAGCUGCUGGGAGGGUGCAGCCUCAUUGCGACUAUGUCGAUAUAAAUUUCGGUUGUCCUCAGCGGAUUGCCAGGCGAGGGUAUUACGGAGCUUUUCUAAUGGACAACCUGCCACUCGUCAAGUCCCUGGUUGAAAAGCUGGCCCUGAAUCACAUUCGUGUCUCUUGUAAAAUCCGAAUCUUUCCCAAUUUGGAGGAUACAAUUAGCUACGCGAAGAUGUUGGAGGAAGCUGGGUGCUGGGUGCUGGCAGUCCAUGGCCGAACAAGAGACGAAAAGGAUGGGAAGAAGUUCAGGGCCGACUGGAAAGUCAUUAAAGCUGUACGAGAAGCAGUGAGAAUUCCUGUUCUUGCCAAUGGCAACAUCCGCCACAUGGAAGACGUUCACGACUGUUUGGAUGAGACAGGCGUGGAAGGUGUGCUCUCGGCCGAGACUCUGCUCGAGAAUCCAGCGGUGUUUGCUGGAUACCGGACUCCUGAAUGGGUUUCCCCUGGCGGGGAAGAAGAAAGGCACAGAGAUGGAUUGCUCGACCAGGCUGAUUUGGUUGUGGAGUAUUUGAAGCUGUGCGAAAAGUACCCAGUGCCGUGGAGAAUGAUCCGUUCCCAUGUGCAUAAGAUGUUGGGAGAGUGGUUCAGGGUUCAUCCUCAUGUUAGAGAGGAUCUGAAUGCACAAUCCAAGCUGACCUUUGAAUUUUUGUAUGAUAUGGUGGAUCGUCUCAAGAAGCUAGGCGGGAGGAUUCCACUUUACCUCAAGGAUAAGGGUGUAGGCAAGUCCUAGAACUUAUGCUAGUUGAAUUAAGAGCAGCUGGCUGUUCUAUUCAUCCUCGCGUCAUGAACAGUGUAUAACCUAUACAGUGUAUGUUCAGUUUGUCCUGUGAUUCAUAGGAUGGCAGCCUGCAGGUUUUCUGUUGAUGUUCUUACUUCAUAGUACCCAUUGUGGUUUCGUCUUCCCGGGUUGUGGGAUGGGAAUUAGUCCACUUGUAUGUUUUGUAGACCAUUUGACAGGAAACUUCAGAUUGUUAUAUUCUCACCAUUGGAAGGAUUACUCUUAUGGG